UUUAAUGAUUAAGCUCUGCUUCAGCUUUAUACACACUGAGUCACAUUUUAUCGUCCUUUCUUUACUUUAUAAAGCCAUUUUGUCCCAGACAUUCUCAGCGAUAGUCUGCUGCUAACUGGUUUGUUGGACAUCCUCCAAUGUGAACAGUCAAGUCCAUGAUAUUUUCCUCCACCAAAGCAAAAUGAAGGGGCUGAGCAGAUCGGAGACCUGCUUUGAUGAUGUCUCAUCCUCACACAGUGAAGAUUUCAACAGGGCACAUGGCAAGGAGACUCUUUGUAAAAACCAAGCUGACGCCAGCUCUGAGGACCUGAGCAUAUCGAGUAGUUUUUCAGCCAGGCAGAAAGACAAGGACGUGACAGAGAAGUCAAAGAAAAGCGUCUUCCUGAAACCUUGGACUGGUCUGCUUAAGAAAUGGAGAAAGGCUGAUACUGAAUCACAUUCGUCUCACAUAGUGGGCAUGAAAAUACUGCCCAACGGGACACAGUGUAGUCCACCUGUUACUCCACUGCCAGACAGAAAACAUUGGGAUAGUCCCCAGGACCUCAAGCCAAAUUUUGCCUCCGACUCAGCGGGAUGCAUGUAUGAUACGCUUCUUGGAUCCGAACUGACCAGUAUCCACCCUGCCGAGUAUUAUGCUGAGAAGCUAGAGGUAUACAAGUUAAAGUACUCCUAUUUAAAAUCUUGGCCUGGUCUUUUAAGACUGCUCGCCGGCCUUGAACUUGUAUUCGGAGGAAUGGUUUUUGCUUGUGUUUGUGCUUAUAUUCAGAGAGACAGUGAAUGGUCAAACCUUUACAGGCCAUUGGGUGAUAUGCAAGGUUACCGAUACAAUGGACCCAUGACACCCUUCGUGUUAGUAGUCAUUGGACUGGCAUGGAUGUUGACUAUGAUUCUUUUGGUUUUGGGGCUAACAAUGUAUUACCGAACCAUCUUGCUGGAUUCCAGAUGGUGGCCUCUUACGGAGGCCAUAAUGAAUCUUGCCAUUUUUCUCUUGUACAUGUCGGCCGGUAUCGUUUAUGUGAAUGAUCUGAAUCGCGGUGGACUUUGCUUCAUGACCAUCGGCGUCAACCCCAUCCUGUCUAACCUCUGUCGUGUGCAGGGGGGUCAGAUGGCUGGAACAGCAUUUAUAUUCAUCAACAUGCUCAUGUACUUGAUAAGUUUCCUGGUGUGUCUUAGAAUGUGGAGGCAUGAAGCUGCCCGUCGAGGGAGGGAGGCUGUGACAAGCCAAACAAACAACCAGGGAAACCGACCGUUACAGCACCAGUCUCUGGAAUUUACAUCCAAUAUGGGCAGUUCCUCAAGAUCAAAGAAAAUUUCAUUUAAAGAUGAAGUGAAUCAAAGCAUUCUGAAAGAGAGAAAGCUGCCCGAUGCCUCGGAGAGAGCACAAGCGCGGGAGAUUUUAACUGGAGCUAUUCCAAUAGGACACAUCCCUAAACCCAAAGUCAUCGCUGACUAUAUCAUAAAGUAUCCUGACAUCCAUUCAGUGGAAGACAGAGAACAAUACAAAGCGGUUUUCAAUGACCAGUACCAAGAGUACAAAGAACUACACAGAGAGAUCACAUCCACUUUAAUGAAGUUUCAAGAGUUAGACAACACAAUGAGUCAACUCUUCAAGAACCCGAGCAACACUGGGGAGCGUAAGAGGAUCAAAAGCUUAUUGAAAACGUAUGAAGAAAAAAAGAAUGAUCCAUACUUUCUGGAGAAGAAGGAACGGUGUGAAUAUCUGAAAGCGAAACUAAGCCACAUCAAGAUGAAGAUUCGUAAUUUUGACCAGAAUUUCUCUUAAAAGGACAGAAUUUAAUUGAAAAUUAAAC